AUGGAUGACGCCUCGGACCUCUCAGACACUCCUGUCCAAAGACUGGAACGAGAAUACGAGCGUGUCAUGCGAAUGACAGUGGAAGAGUUAGAUCUGGAACCAGCUGUAGAUCUGCGAGAAGGGACGGAGCUCUUGGCUCAGGAUCAUCUGACUAUGUUUCCUGAGUUAGAAGAAUUGAGCUCGGAGUGUGACAUCGACAAAGGCGACGUUGGCGUUCCAGGCGUCACGACCCCAGAGAUGGAGGACAAGAUGCGGAAGAUCUUAAAUUACCAUCGUCGUAUCUUUCUAGGUGAUGCGACGCCGAUAGUGCUGCGUGCUCGACAGUUCGCCUCCAUAUAUCUGGUGAAGGUUUACGAACUGCUGAAGAAGCUCCUAGAUACUGGACUCAUUGAACAUUCUGAAUCGGAGUGGCCAUCCCCGAUCGUGAUCAUUUUGAAGAAGAAUGGAGAGGAUAUCAGGAUAUGUGUUGAUUAUAGGCUGGUUAACCAGUCGAUCAAGCUAUCGCGAUACCCUCUACCUCUGAUUGACUACUUGCUGACUGACUUUAACGCUGCGGCAUGGUUCAUGAGUCUGGAUAUGGCGAGUGGUUUCUGGGUGAUUCAGAUGUCAGAGCGGGCGGAAUUGAUUUCGGCCUUUGUCUGCCCAUUCGGACAUUUCCAGUGGAUCCGGAUGCCUUUUGGACUCAAGAACGCGCUGCUAGUGUACCGGAGUGUGAUCAACAACUGUCUCUGGGGAUUCGUGUGGCUCCCACCUGAAGAGGAGGGUAAGGUCGACCGAGAUGUCCUGGAAUUUCUGGAGUUGACUGUCCCA